GAGUUUAAACCUGUCCUCUGGCCGCGGCUGCGCGCGCCGAGCUCCCGGAGCUGGGUGGUGGUGCCCCACGCUAAAAGCGUGAUGGAGUACCCAAUGAUGGAAGCUGAUUCAAUUACCUCAGGAAUUAAGAGACUUGUGAAAGACAAAAGAAUUUCAAAGACUAAAUUUAAUGUUUCUCUUGCUUCAAAAAUCAAAACAAAAAUAAUCAAUAAUUCAAGUAUUUUUAAGAUUUCUCUAAAGCACAAUAAUAGAGCAUUAGCUCAGGCUCUUAGUAGAGAAAAAGAGAAUUCUAGAAGAAUUACAACUGAAAAGAUGCUUUUGCAAAAAGAAGUGGAGAAACUGAAUUUUGAGAAUGCAUUUCUUCGCCUAAAGCUAAAUAACUUGAAUAAGAAGCUUAUAGAAAUAGAAUCACUCAUGAAUAAUAACUUAAUAACUGCAAUUGAAAUGAGCAGUCUUUCUGAGUUCCAUCAAAAUUCUUUUCUUCUGCCAGCAAGUAAGAAGAAACGGAUUAGUAAACAGUGCAAAUUCAUGCGUCUUCCAUUUGCAAGGGUUCCAUUAACUUUGAAUGAUGAUGAUGAUGACGAUGAUAAAGAGAAAAUGCAGAGUGACAACAAAAUUAUAUCAAAGGCAUCACCUGAUAAUCUUUCUUCAGUAUCAACAGGACAAAAUUUAUCAACUCAGUAUAAUUUGGAUGUGUCUUUUCAUAAAGAAAAUAAUCAGAAUGUAUAUAGUUUAGAUCAUUCAGAAGAUAUUUCUUCUACCAUUGAUGUAUUUCCCAAAGAAAGCCAUUCCCAUUCAGACCAACAUUCUAAGACUUCACUAGUGAGUGAGAUGAGAAAUACCCCAUCUAUUAGCCACAUAAAGGAGAAACCAUCUGCUACUAAUGUGAAUGAAAGGAAGAAGUGUGGGUCAUCUUGGGAGACUUCUGCAGACACUCCCUGUGUGAUAGAUUUAGAUCAGCAGCAGAUUUUAAGUCCAGAACUAAAAUGGAAUAAUGAGAUAAAUGAUCAUACUAAUGAAAAAAAUAUUACAAUACAAAGAAAUAGACAGUGCCUUCCUGACAUAUCUUCUGAGUCUGCCAGCAAACCUGAUGCAGAAUGCAUGAGUCCAGUUCAGGUUAAUGAUGACUUUGAGUUGCAGAAAACUGUGUAUGAUGCUGACAUGGAUUUAACUGCUAGUGAUGUGAGCAAAAUUGUUACAGUGUCAAGAGGCACUAAAAAUAAAAGUAAUCAAAAACCAAAUGAUUGUGAAAGGAAAACUUUGAGAAAAGUAAAAGAUUCAAGCUCUGAAAAAAAGACAGAAAGAGCAAAGAGAAAAUGCAAAAAGAGUUCAGAUGUGGAUGUUGAGGAAAAGUUUGAAAACAGACCAGAAAGAAGAUCUGUUGUCCUCGAUGGCAAAAGGGAUUCAGAAAAUCCGGAUUUUAUUCACAAUACUGAACAGCUGACACAGGCAAACAUACUGAAGAAAAUAACCCUUCAGAAUAACUUUGAUCAAGAUGACGGACAAAGUACACACUAUAAUAAAAAGAAGAAAGGAGUGCAUGUAACAAAUGAGCAGCAGGAAACUUGCCCUUUCUCCCAAAGUUCACAUAAAUUCCUACAGGACAGCAAAUUGGAUAUGUGUCAAAAUUCUCUAACUUGUAAUAAAAGUAAAACUUCUACACAGACAUUUGUAAUGCACAAGUUAGAAACAGAUAACUUAUUCCCAGACCAAAAAGAUAAAGAAACCAAUUCUGAAAACCUAGAAGUUGUAAAUGAAUUUCCAAGAGCUGAUCUUUCCUCCAAAGAUAAUCAAAAUUUUUGUGACUAUGAGACCCAGAAUAUGUUGGAUUUGAAAAAAUAUGUCACUGAUAUGGAACUUGCUCAGCAAAAUGAAUCAAAAAUAAAUAAGAAGCUUAGGCCCAAAGUAAAUAGGAAAACUGAAAUAAUUUCUGAAGUAAACCAAAUAUAUGAGGUUAAUAAUAAAGAUGUUCAUGUCCCAGAAAAAGAUGACUUUUUUCCCCACACUCAAGUGGUUAAAGAGACUUUUUCUGGAAAACUAGAAGUUUCAAAAGAGUUUCAAAUACCUGCUCUUUUCAUGAAAGGUAAUGGAAAUAUACUUGAUUGUGAGACCCAAAAUAUAUUGGGUUUGCAAAAACAGAUCACCAAUGUGUACCCUGUUCAACAAAAUGAGUCAAAAGUUAAUAAAAAGCUUAGGCAGAAAAUAAACCGGAGGACAGAAAUAAUUUCUGAAGUGAAUCAUUUUGAAAAUGAUGAAAGUGUGCAUUGCUCAGAAAAAAGUAAUCCUUUCUUCCUACAAAAGGAUAGAGAAAUCAUCCCUGGAAACCUAAAAGAUUCAGGCGAGUUUCAAACACCUAUUCUUUGUACCAAAAAGGGUGGAAAGCUAUGUGAGUAUGAGACUCAAAAUGUUUCUGGGAUGAGAAGGCAUAUCCAUGAUAUGCAGCUUGCUUGUCAGAAUGAUUCAAAAGUACACAAGAAGCUUAGACAAAAGGCACAUCGAAAGACAGAAAUAAUGUCUGAUGUCAACCAAAUAUGUGAGAAUGAUGACAAAGGUAUGCAUGACCUAGGAAAAGAUAACUUUGUUUCUUUAACCCCAAAGCAUAGAGAAACCGUUUCUGAAAACCUACAAGUUGCAAAUGAAUUUCCAGCAACUGAUUUUCCCACCAAAGAUAAUGGAAAUUUAUGUGACUAUGAGAUACACAAUAUUUUAGAUUUGGAAAAGCAUGUUGCUCAUAUGCAUCUUGUUCAACAAAACGAAUCAAAAAUAAAUAAGAAGCUUAAGCAGAAAAUAAAUAGGAAGACUGAAAUAAUUUCUGAAGUGAACCAGAUAUAUGAGGCUCAUGAUAAGGAUAUGCAUGACCAAAAAAGCUGUACAGAAGAUCUUGAUUUGGAAACAAACAAAUCUGAACAAAGACUUGAAUGCAAAGGCAUUAUCAGUGGAUAUUAUAUGGAAAUCAACAAUAAUGAAAAGGAAAAUUGUGAUGCAAUUCCAGAUCCUUAUAAACUUGUUAACAAACAUAAGAAAAAAUCAGGCAAGGCAAAGAACUUUUUGACAAGAGAUACGAACAAAUCUAUUUGUCAGUUAACAGAUUCUUCACUGUCUAGUUUAAAAUAUAUUACUAAUGAAGCAGAUUCUGAUCCUGGAAACCAUAUUGAGCUACCUAAGAAUCACAAGAAAAACACUGUAACUUUGAAUACAAAAAGAGAUGUCCCUUUUGUGGAAGUGAUAAAAGAAGGUAAGUGCCAGGUCAAAACAGUAAAUAAAAUGACAUCCAAAUCAAAGAAAAGGAAGACCCUUGUAGAGCCUUCUCCAGAGACCAGUGGAAUAAUGGAGAUAAUAUCUGACGUUGAUCACAGAAAGUUAUUUGACUCCAAACAAGCUAAUAAAGAAAACUACUUGGAAAAUCAGGAUAUUGUCAAAAUUAAGCCAGACUCUUACACAAAUGUGUUUAAACCUUUAGCUCAGAUAUAUUCACCUAAUAUACAAGAUUCUUCCUUUGACAAUGUUCAUCAGAGUUCAUUACCUUUGAGUAUUUCUUCCAGUAAAAACCUGAUAAUAAAAGAAAAUUUUGCCUUGGAGAAUUUACCCAUCUUUCAAGUAAGCGAUGAUGUGCAUGAGAAGAUAAAAGAAGUCAACCAGAAAACAGGAAAAUCAGGAAUAGGUAACAGAACAUUACAGGACUUGACAAAUACCAGUUUAGUUUCAAAUAACACUGCUAAAUCCGAAAAUGACUCAGAAGAUCUAUCUUCAGAACCUCGAAGCAGAAGGAGGUGUGCUCCUGUCAGUUUCAAAGAACCAAGUCUCAGAAAAAAGAUGAGAAGAUAAGGUAAAUAUAUGGAUCCUAGUUUUCCUGAGUUCUCAAAGCAUAACAAGUCAUAAAAGAAAUGUAACAAGGAUCAAGAAGAUGAAAUCCUUGAGGAUUUUUUUUUGUUUUUUUCCUAUUUGGCCUUUUUUCUUUUUUGGAGUGUUACUCUAUCCAUUCUUAUAUUUAGAUAAAUGUACAUAAAAUAUCAGUUUUUGUAAUAUUUAAACUUUCAGAAUCAUUUUGUUCACCAUAUAACUUAUUUUCCUGUUCAUUUGUUUCUUUCUACCUAAUAUUCUUU